AGGAAUAAUAAGGAAUAUAUCUAAUAAAAGUAUGGAUAGCAAAAGAAUUAAUAAAUUAGCGUUAAUAUUGAAGAAGUAUUUGUACAUAAGAAAUUGAACUCUAAACUCAGGUGGAAUAAUUAUAACAAUGGCAGCUUUGUUGUGUUAAUUUUUAACAUCAAAAAGAGAUUUGGGAAAAUUAUGAAAGAAUUAAUUAAUGCAAAUAAAGUAUUGGAAAAAUAUAAAGAUAGUGGAUAGGGCGAAAAGAAUUGUUAACUUAUAACAAAGACAUAGUUUUUUGCUAAAAAUACUUAAAUUAAAUCCAUGCUAUUCUAAAAGAUAAAAUUGAG